UUUUUUAAUUAAACCAUGGUAGUUACUAGUCAACUCAUUAAUGAACCAGGAAUUAAUAUUAAGCGAUGUUGGAACCAAACUGAGAAAAUGAGAAAGUUUGUUCUGGUUUGUAUGUGCAUUGUGUUCCAGACUAGUAAAGCUCUUCCCGCCAAAAAAAUGGUCGUUGAAGGAGACAUUUUAGUAACAAAAAAUGUGGCUGAGUUCAUGGUUGGAAGCGGAAGGAAAAGAAAAGCAAUGAAGGGCGAUAUAAUGCAGUGGGAAGGAGGAAUCAUACCGUAUUCCAUAUCUUCUGAUAUAGAGCCUCAAGUUCGCCAAAUUAUAGAUAACUCGUUUAAAGUAUACGAGUUAAAAACAUGUUUAAAAUUUGUACCUGCGAAAACAACUGAUAGCGAUUAUAUUCAUUUCAUUAAAGACAAAGGGUGUUACUCAGCAAUCGGAAGACAGGGAGGGGAACAAGUUAUUUCAAUCGGAGAUGGUUGUCAAACACAAAUGCACGUGCUUCAUGAGCUAAUGCACGGUAUUGGUUUUUUUCAUGAGCAGUCUCGUUUUGAUCGCGAGCUAUAUGUAAAUAUACUUUGGUGGAAUAUUGCUGACGAUGCUUUCAAAAAUUUUGCGAGUUAUGAUCAUGGAAAACUUGACACUUUAGGUGCACCAUACGACAAACACAGUAUCCUUCACUACAAUAACAAAGCUUUCUCAAAAUACGGUGACAAUACUAUAGAGUCUAUUGAUAAUCCUGAAGAAGAGUUGGGUGGAGAAUCUCUGAGUGACAUUGACAUCCAGCAAAUAAACAAACUAUAUAACUGCAAUUUGUAGUCUGGUGUGUUUCGGAAAAUUACUGUAAAUUAUUUGUACAUAUAUAAUUAUUUAACUUA